AUGGAGGGCGAAGCCUGCAGUGCGUACGCACUCAACCUGUGCGGGCUCGGCCACGGUUUCGAUAGUUUUGAUGCGCUCGAAGCAAAGUUGGCCGCACUCGGCCCAAAGGAGCGAGCGGUCCUAACCGACCUCAACCUGAGCCACAACAACCUCAUCGCCCUGCCCCCUUCCCUCUUCCAUCUUCCCCAUCUCACCCGCCUCGACUUGAGCUUCAACCAGCUGCCGACGCUCCCGGCAGCAGUGGGCGGACUCACUCAGCUGCAGGUCCUCAACCUGUUAGGCAACCCUCUUGCAGCUCUUCCGCUGGAGAUGCAGGGGCUGACGGAACUCAGAAAGUUGAAGGUGUCGAACGUCACGAAGCGGAAGCUGGCCGCCAACCCGCAGCUCUUCCUGCGCUACUUGAAGCCCUUGCCCCUCAAACCCAGUAAGUUGUGA